CUCGCCUAGGCGUCAAGAGAGAUACUUGCAGAACUAUAACCGUCACCCAUAACUAGAGUAAGGUACUAUAUCGUCAGUUCCACUCUAUCACACCCGUGGCCACCUGCUACCUCACAGUAUGUGGGAUAGUCGAGGCCGGGGAUAUGCUGACAGCCUGGGGGGCCAUUCCUUCGAAAAGCCUUCGCAGCUAUCCAAGUGUUGCACGGCACGCCUAAAUGGCAAUGCUGACAUUUCUCAAUGUGAACGGUCCUUUGUGCCUGGUAGAACUGCAUCACUACAAACUUCCACAUCCUCGAGCUGUCGAAGAGAGACCUGUUGACCACUUGCGCCUCUGAGCAGGGUGCCUGAGUUCCGAGUCAAGCUCACAUCCACCAUUCCUACCGAGUCACUAGUUACCAUUCGCGCAUUGCAACUCCGAACCUUCCAUUCCUUGAUUGUCAGGACCAUGGCAGCUGGAAGUCGAGGGUCUGUGGCAUACCACUCUGGCAAUAUCUUCACGGCAAGCAACCACGGAGACCGCGUCGAGGCAUUCAUAGUCUCAGCGAGUGGUGAAUUUACAGCGGUGGGAACCAACGAUGACAUUCUAGACAUCGCACGACGCGAGAAACUUCCGACGUUCGACCUGCGGUCGCGAUUUGUGAUGCCCGGUAUUCACGAUGCACAUGUCCACAUCCUUGUUGCAGGUCUCUCCCGUCUCUCGAAUCUGAAGCCCGGGUUCGACGCAACCAUGUCCAACAUCACUGAAAGGCUCAAGUCGCCAUCGUGCGCCUGUGAACACGCCCACGCAUAUGGCGACUGGAUAGUGGGGGACCUCUACCGCAUUGAGGAUUUCGACCGAGAAGCGCUGGACCAUGAAUUUCCCGAGACACCAGUGCUUUUGAGAGGAGGAGCAGGCCACGCGAUGUUCCUCAACACCGCGGCUUUAGAAAGGUCGGGUUACAGCCUCACCGAGCCCGAUGCGCCACACAGCAAAUAUUUCCGUCGGCCAGAUGGGACUCUGACCGGCGAACUGACGGAGCUGGCCAUGACAAAGGCAGCACUGGCAUUGCCAAAGCCGGAGAUGGCACAUAUCAAACGCAGUAUUCUCCAUGCAAUGAAGUUGCUGCACUCGGUAGGAGUGACGAGUUUUCAGGAAGCAGCGUCAAACACACUCAUCCUCAGAGCACUAGGUGAGCUCGAUGCCGCCAGCGAGUUGAAGAUGGAUGUGCAGACCCACAUCGUGUAUAAGCCAGAGCAGCUUGCUGAAGAAAGUCUCGAAACGUUGCACGAGACGCUUGACCGAGCAGGAAGUUUCAGGUCACAACAUGUCCAGACCAAUUUUGUCAAGUUCAUGCUGGAUGGUGUCCCCCUUCAUCCGUACUACACGCAUGCUGGCCUCACAGAGUCCGGAGAAAUUGACGAGAGCAAGAUACAAAUCGAAGACCUGGCUGAGGCUGUUUCCAAACUGGACGCGAGAGGAAUGACAUGUAAGAUCCACUGCACGGGAUUUGGUAGUACACGUCGGGCCCUGGAUGUGUACGAAGCCGUUAGGAAGACCAACAGUCAUGGGCCCAGGCAUGAAAUCGCGCACUGCAGCGGAGUACAUGACGAUGAUUAUCCGCGCUUCCAGCAGCUAAAUGUCACCGCCGAGAUGUCCCCGUCAAUGUUCUUUGUUCAUCCGCUCACAGCGAUGUCGAAUGGUCUGAUGGACUGGAACUGGGGAAAGAUGAUCAGAAACGGAGCUCAUCUGACCGUUGGAAGCGACUGGGCCUUCCAAGACCCGUCCAUUCUACCUGCUUGUGCCCUCAUCAUGGACAGUAUUGCUGCCGCCCUGCCGGCACCGGAAUCUGCGGCGAAUACAGCUGCCGAGACGAUUUGCAGAAUGCUGACCGCGGCGGGUGCAAUGGCGACGGGCCGAGAGAACAAGGCUGGGACCAUUGAGGUCGGGAAGAAAGCGAACUUCAUCAUGAUCGACCGCGAUCUGAGUAAGGGUGAAUUUGAGGGGGCUCAGGUCUUGGGCACUUGGUUUGAAGGGGAGAGAGUGUUCGAGUCUUCUGAACAGGAGUCGUAAUUAAUAUGGGCAACCUCCCUGGCGCCGCCAGCUCAUG